GUCAAAGCCCAAGUGGUUGUUCAAGAGAGAGCCAGUUUAGGUUCUGCAACCCAAAUCUAUAGAGAGAAGCAAAUUAUUAUUCUGUCUAAUAUAAAUCAAGAGAUAAACUAUGCUUCUGAAAAUUAUUUUCUAUUAAUUUUUGAAACAAAAACAGGAGUUAUAGGAGAAGAGCCACCCUCAACAAAUAUAAAAUUUUUAGAAAGAAAACCAGAUCUUAAUAGAGAACACCAAAAUCUUAAGUCUAUAAUAGUAUAG